UUCUCAGAAAUGCGGGCCUGUCCCGAGAUAUCGGUUCAUUGAAAUACACGCGCUUCCUUUUUCCGCCAGCACGUGUACUCGGCAGACGUCGGACAGUGUAUGAGAUUAUAUGAGAGAGCACAGUAGUCUGUGUGCGCUUGAGCACGUUACCGGCACAAGAGGAUAUUCUAAAUCCUGUGCCGCGCAGCGUUUUCAUCGAAGCCCAUCUAGGAACCAACGCUUCCACACGGUUAAGCAGCGCCUUGGAUCUUGUCCUGCACUGGUCACGAAAUGGCAGGCUACAUCACUUUCAUCUGUGCCGCUGCCACUGCAGUCGCAACAGUGCAGUCGGCAGCAGUCGUGAGACCCUCCAUUCAACAGGCCGAGGAACGUGUGCGGGAACUGGCACAGUUACUCGGUGACAUAAAAUCCGCGAUUGAGCCUCGCCACUGCACCGACCUCUUGCACGCUGGCCAGCGCUCCAGCGGAGUCUACAGCGUGUUCCACAAGGCUGCUGGCCCUCUGGGUCAGAGUGUCUACUGUGAUAUGGAGACGGAUGGCGGAGGCUGGACGGUGAUUCAGAGGAGAGGUCAGUUCGGCAACAGCGUGUAUCACUUCUACCGAAACUGGACAGAGUACGCGGAUGGCUUCGGAAAUGCAAGCGAGGAGUAUUGGAUCGGAAACAAGGCGCUGCACACGCUUACGUCAGAAGAUGAGGCAAUUACCCUGCGUGUCGUGCUGAGUAACCGGACUGGAGAGAGCGCAUUUGUGGACUACGAGAGUUUUCGUGUUGAGAACGAAGAGAACCUCUUCAAGCUGCGACUCGGAAAGCUGCUGGGACCAGAAGGCUGGGACGCACUCUCGAACGGCAACAAUCAGAAUUUCUCCACCUUCGAAAGGGACAACGAUGCUGCGCCGUCCGAAAAUUGCGCCGUCCGGUACCGCGGUGGUUGGUGGUACAACAAGUGUCACCUCGCCAACCUGAAUGGCCUGAAUCUGAACGGACCGCACGACAGCUUCGCCGAUGGCAUCGAGUGGAGCGUUCGGGGAUACCCCACCCGCCUUUACCAUUAUUCGUUCCCCAGCGUGCUUAUGAUGAUACGACCGGCUGGAUCGCUGUUGGACCGUCGAAGCAAGCUGGAGUCUCCACUUCCCGUGUGAACACGGCAGCAGUUUCGGGGCAAUAAAUGUCAAUUACGUUGCAAGAAAGUCAAGCAAGAAAUAAAGCAACAACCGGCGAAUGAAACCUGUGCAAAUUGUGACUGCUUAAAUUUUAACAGCGGAGCUGUUUAAGCUCUUGGUUGCGCCGCGUAGUGCAAACAAGAACUGCUCCUGGCGAUGACGUCACCACCCAUUGCCUAGCAACACCCUCGCGGAGCGGUGUGUGCUUCGCCUCCUCUCCGGGUCGUGCACAUGUUGCCUUGAUAUCGG